AUGGAGAUAGAUAACGACGUGGCAAUGCAGGACGCAACAGAAGAGCCUCUGGAUCCUACGCUCGACGAAGAUGCUUCCACGAGAGAUGGAGGCGGGUCCAGGAACGAAGUGGGGCUUGAAGGCUCGAAUACAGCGGACCAUCGAUCGUCAAAGCCCCUGCAACUGGAUUCUGGUAACAUAGGCCAAUUGGACAAAUGGAUCGAGCAUCUGAGUUCAUGCCAGGUUCUGUCAGAAGAAGACGUGGGAAGACUGUGCAAAAUGGCCGUAGACGUUCUACAGUUCGAGGAGAAUGUACAGCCGGUCAACGUGCCUGUAACGAUCUGUGGUGAUGUGCAUGGCCAAUUCCACGACCUGAUGGAACUUUUCAAGAUCGGAGGACCGUGUCCAGAUACCAAUUAUCUGUUCAUGGGUGAUUACGUCGAUAGAGGCUACUAUUCGGUCGAAACUGUCUCGUAUCUGGUUGCGAUGAAAGUGCGGUAUCCCAAGAGGAUCACGAUUCUGAGAGGAAACCACGAAUCGAGACAGAUCACACAGGUGUACGGGUUCUACGACGAAUGCUUGCGCAAAUAUGGUAGCGCCAGCGUGUGGAAGAUGUUCACGGAUCUGUUCGAUUAUUUCCCCAUAACUGCAUUAGUGGACAACAAAGUGUUUUGCUUACACGGCGGUCUGUCACCGAUGAUCGAGACCGUGGAUCAGGUGCGUGAGCUAAACAGAAUACAGGAAGUACCACACGAGGGACCCAUGUGCGAUCUGUUAUGGUCUGAUCCUGACGACAGAGGCGGGUGGGGCAUCAGUCCAAGAGGAGCAGGUUUCACUUUUGGCCAAGACAUCAGCGAACAGUUCAACCACACAAACGAUCUGUCGCUCAUCGCAAGAGCACAUCAACUGGUGAUGGAAGGGUAUGCGUGGUCUCAUCAGCAAAGCGUUGUCACCAUUUUCAGCGCACCCAAUUACUGUUACAGAUGCGGCAACCAAGCUGCAAUCAUGGAAUUCGACGAAAACCAUAACCGCCAAUUCCUACAGUAUGAUCCGUCGAUGAGGCCUGGAGAACCCACGGUAAGUAGGAAGACGCCAGACUACUUUUUAUGA